AAACAUGCCAUCGAGUGGGAAGCAUGUUACCUAUGCCAGGUCAACCUCCAAAGUUUGCCCAAUUAUACAUAUAUGAUACUGAGCAUGAGAUACAAAAUAGGAUUCGAGGAAUAAGAAACCCAAAUGACAUAGAUGAUCAGAUUGUGGGCAAAUUAUCAGCCAUGCUACAUGAAUACAAUGUGCAUGCAAAAUCCUUUAGAAUGGCUAAGGAAAGAUUGCAAGAUGCACCUGUGCAGGAUCUGCGGUUAAAGUUGAUUUCUGACAGAGUUAGUGAUGGCCGAUUAUAUAACUUGCCUACGGUUUCAGAAGUUGCUGCUCUUAUUGUUGGAGAUGUUAACACUUCAUCAAAAAGAGAUAUUAUAAUGGAGACCCGAAGUCGUACACUUCAGCGAAUAAGUGAGCUGCAUACUAGCUAUUUGAGUUAUCAGUAUCCCCUUUUAUUUCCUUAUGGAGAGGAUGGAUACAGGCAUGACGUGCUUCAUAGAGAUACAGGUAAUUCUAAUAGUUCUAAAAGAAAC